CAAACGUUGGGGGGGGGGGGGGUCAUCCCGACCGCAUGUUAAGGUCAUGUGACCACUGGAAGCAAUGUCAACGUUGAUCCAGGACGACUUCGUGGUGGCGGCGGGCGAAUGUCGGCCAAUGAGAAGCAGUUUGAGACGCUCGUCAACCGGGGCGGAUCAUGACGAGCAGGUGCGGCGCCCCCCCGAGCCAGAGCCCCGACCCCGGCGAGGACCUGACCGAGGAGGAGAAGCGACUCAUCGACGACGUGCUGGCCCGCGCCGCCGAGCUGGACGCCGCCGAGCGGCAGCGCAUACGGUGGGAUCGUUUGAUGAUUCAUCAUUUCAUAAUCCCUUCAUUCCGCGACGGACUUCUGGAUUCAUCUGGCUGGCAUCCAUCCGUCAUCCUUUCACUCACCCGUUCCUCCGACGUCACCGCCAGUCUCCUGUCCGGCCGGCUGGAGGACGCCCGGAGGACGACUCGCGGGGACGGCCUCUCGGCGUGUCUGCGGUGCGGCGCCGCCUUCGGGCCAAGCGGCGUCGCGGCCGCCCUCUGUGGAGCCUGCGGGAAGCGAAUGUGCAGCGAUUGCGCGUCCCGAAGGGGCCCCCCCGCCUCGACGCGGGGCUUGUGCGCCAUCUGCCGAGAAGAGCGAGAAGUGAGCGAGUUCAGCGUGCGCGCCGGCGGCACGACGCCGUCCGUGCGCUCAACUGCCCCCUUGCCCCCCACCCCUUUCGGGGCGCAGGUGCAGAAGCGUUCCGGGGCCUGGUUCUUCCGGGGUCGAGACCCCGGCCCGCUCCCGCUUUCCCGACCGCCGCCCGCCAGCCCCGACGGAUGCGCGGACGCCGAGCGGGUUCGUCGGCCCGCAAUUGCAGGAGGCAACGGGCAAAGCGAGCGGACCGGCGCUCGGGACCAAAACGAGACGGUGGCCGCCGGCCAAAUCCGGGAGGAGGACGGAGACGCCGAAGACUCGGACGACGCAACUCUGCUGGGAUGUUUGGAGUUCACGCUGGUCUACGAGCAGGAACGCCAGCAGCUGCGGUGCCGCGUCAUCAAGGCCAAGGGCUUAAAGUCGAUGGACUCCAACGGCCUGUCGGACCCUUACGUCAAGCUGCACCUGCUGCCGGGCGCCAGUAAGUCCAACAAGCUUCGCACCAAAACGCUGAAGAACACCCUCAACCCGACGUGGGACGAGAUUCUCGUCUAUCACGGCAUCACCGACGAAGAAAUGUCCCGGAAAACUUUGCGGCUGUCGGUGAGCGACGAGGACAAGUUCGGACGCAACGACUUCAUCGGGGAGACGCGGGUGGCGCUGAAGAAGCUCAAGUUCAACCAGGAGAAGAAAUUCAACAUGUGCUUGGAGAGAGUGGUCCCGGUGAAAAAAGCCGUCGUCGGGGGUCAAUCUCGAGGAAUGGCGCUCUAUGAGGACGACGUGGACCAGCUGGAGGACCGCGAGGAGCGAGGUCGCAUCCUGGUCUCUCUGCGCUACGACAGCCAGCAGGGUCGUCUGAUUGUGGGCGUGGUCCGCUGCGCCCACCUGGUCGCCAUGGACGCCAACGGAUACUCGGACCCUUUUGUCAAAGUGUGUCUGAAGCCCGACGUGGGAAAGAAAGCCAAGAACAAGACGCAGGUCAAGAAGAAGACCCUCAAUCCCGACUUCCAGGAGGAGUUCAGCUAUGAGAUCAAGCACGGCGAGCUGGCCAAGAAGACUCUGGACAUUUCCGUGUGGGACCACGACGUGGGCAAGUCCAACGACUUCAUCGGCGGCUGCCGGCUGGGUAUCCGGGCUCAAGGCGAGUGCCUGAAGCACUGGUACGAAUGUCUGAAGAACCAAGACAAGAAGUUCGAACGCUGGCACCUGCUGCUCAACGACGGCGGACGCUUUGACGACUGAAAAAGGGCGUUUUGCCCGUCGCCACUUUCCGUUGAGCUCCUGCGGGGAAUUGGGCUCCGCCUAACGUGAACGUUGCCGUCGAUAGCUCGUUGCGGUUUUGGAUGCAUGCUGUCUCGUGGACAAUAAACAACCGCCAACGAAAUGA